GGUUGUAAAUGCACUGUGACAAUCACAUCAAUUCCUCCAGAAAAGAAAUGGUGGUAUAUUGGGUGUGCAAAAUGCAAAAAAGCUCCAAAGGAAGAAACAUCAACAUUUUGGUGUGGACCAUGCAAAUGUUCAGAAAGCAAGACACUGUACAAGUUCUCAUUUAAUGCUGCAGAUGAUACAGCUGAAGCACAAUUUUUUGCAUAUGAUGACCCAGCACGUAACAUUAUUCAUCGAAAUGUAACUGCAGUGCUUAAUCAACUCAGGAAAGAAUCUGGUUUCCCGCGUUUCCUAACAGAUGUGAUCUCAAAAAAAUACACUUUCAGUAUUGGUUUAUCAGAUGACUCAUUUGGACAAAUGGAAGACAGAACUUAUGUUGUCAAAUCAGUCAUAAUAGAUCAUCAACAACAAGCCCAUAAAGCAAAACAACAAUUGCUUAUUGAGCCAUCUCCUAAUACUUCGACAAUUGUACCUGCUAUGAUGGACAAUAUGCAAACAAUAAAAUCUAGCACCCAAUAUGAGCCAGCAACUCCUAUACCAGAUAUCAUUAGCAACGAAGCUUCUUUGUAUUAGUAUGGAUAAAGAAAAGACACCGGUUCAACGAGCUUUAUUUCCACAUGAUGUUAACAUAAACAAGGAACAAGCACAAUCAUCUAUGAAUGCCACUACAAGCACUACUGAAAUAUUAUCCACAGAUGUCCUUCAGGAUUUCCCUAGUGUCAUUAAGCAGUCUAGACACAGUACAUCAGCUCCAAACACAGAUAAGGAUAUGGUUGCUGCUGAAAACCUCCAGUCCGAUGAUCUUCCUUACAACUGCCUGAACCAACAAUCUCAUUUGCCAUUAGAGCAUAAAGCCAAGAAGCAUAAAACUGAUGAAUCUAUCAAGCAGGGGAGGUCUUCUAGCCGGAAAUCUACAGCACCAGAACCCACAGAAUAGGUCUCAUAACACUGGAGACGUGUGGCUCUUCCUUUUGCAGUAUUGUACGAGUUAUAGCAUGUCGCUCGUCGUUUAUGCUCACACACAAACGCUUUAAAAGUUAUGUUUGUGAAAUAUUUGUUGUGCUAUUUGCUGAAUUAUCACUAUUAGUUUGUUAAACAGUUGUUGAGACCGCUAAAAAAUAUUAUGUGUGGACGACCUUAUGUACAUUAUUCAGCCAACAAUUAUGUGUAUGUGGAUA